UCCGAGGAUCGCCUGGUUCCAGCCAGAGCAGCUCGGACCGUCCAACAGUCUGUGGAUGCAGAUCUGGGAGACGACCCAGGGACUGAGGAACCUCUACUUCAACCACCACUGUCACAGCAGCGGCGGCGCGAGCGGCGGCGGCGGCGGCAGCAGCACGGCCACCGGCGGGAGCGGCAGCAGCACCGGCAGCCCGGGCGGCGCGGCCCCGGCCCCGGCCCCGGCCGGCAUGUACCGUUCCGGGGAGCGCCUGCUGGGCGGCCACGCGCUGCCGGCAGAGCAGCGGGACUUCCUGCCCCUGGAGACGACCAACAACAACCACCACCACCACCAGCCCGCGGCCUGGGCCCGCCGGGCUGCCGCGGGCCCCUCGGCGUCCCCGUCCCCCUCGGCGUCCUCGUCCCCGCACUCCUCGGCCGCCGUCCCCGCCGCGGAACCCGCCGACCCAGCUUCGGGCAGCAGCAACAAGAGGAAGCGCGACAAUAAGGCCAGCACCUACGGACUCAACUACAGCCUGCUGCAGCCCAGUGGAGGGCGGGCCGCGGGAGGCGGCCGGGCCGACGGCAGCGGGGGUUUGUACAGCGGGACCCCGUGGAAGCGGAGGAACUACAACCAGGGAGUCGUGGGUCUGCAUGAAGAAAUAAGUGAUUUUUAUGAAUACAUGUCUCCAAGACCAGAGGAGGAGAAGAUGCGGAUGGAGGUGGUGAACAGGAUCGAGAGUGUGAUUAAGGAGCUCUGGCCCAGUGCUGACGUCCAGAUAUUUGGAAGUUUUAAAACUGGCCUGUAUUUACCUACUAGUGACAUCGAUCUUGUGGUGUUUGGGAAGUGGGAAAACCUGCCCCUCUGGACCCUGGAAGAAGCUCUCCGGAAGCAUAAAGUUGCAGAUGAGGAUUCGGUGAAAGUUCUAGACAAAGCAACUGUACCUAUUAUUAAAUUAACAGAUUCUUUUACCGAAGUGAAAGUUGAUAUCAGCUUUAAUGUACAGAAUGGUGUGAGAGCAGCUGACCUCAUCAAAGAUUUUACCAAGAAAUAUCCUGUAUUACCAUACUUGGUUUUAGUAUUGAAACAGUUCUUAUUACAGAGGGACCUUAAUGAAGUAUUUACAGGUGGAAUUGGUUCUUAUAGUCUCUUUUUAAUGGCAGUGAGUUUCCUUCAGUUACAUCCCAGGGAAGAUGCUUGCAUCCCCAAUACAAACUAUGGUGUUCUCUUAAUAGAAUUUUUUGAAUUAUAUGGACGACACUUCAAUUAUUUAAAGACUGGCAUCCGGAUAAAGGAUGGUGGUUCCUAUGUGGCCAAAGAUGAAGUACAGAAAAAUAUGCUAGAUGGCUACAGGCCAUCCAUGCUUUAUAUUGAAGAUCCUUUACAACCAGGUAAUGAUGUUGGAAGGAGUUCAUAUGGGGCCAUGCAAGUGAAACAGGCCUUUGAUUAUGCCUACGUUGUUCUGAGUCAUGCUGUAUCGCCAAUAGCAAAGUACUAUCCCAACAACGAAACGGAGAGCAUAUUAGGUAGAAUAAUUAGAGUAACAGAUGAAGUUGCCACAUAUAGAGACUGGAUAUCAAAGCAGUGGGGCUUGCAGAAUAGGCCUGAGCCUUCAUGCAAUGGAAAUGGUGUUACCUUGAUAGUAGAUACUCAGCAGUUAGAUAAAUGUAAUAAUAAUCUAUCUGAAGAAAAUGAAGCCCUUGGAAAAUGUAGAAGUAAAACUUCGGAAUCUGUUAGUAAACACUCUUCAAACUCUUCAUCAGGUCCAGUGUCUUCCUCUUCUGCUACACAGUCCAGCUCUAGUGACGUCGAUUCCGAUGCGACACCGUGCAAAACCCCGAAACAGCUGCUCUGCCGCCCGUCCACUGGGAACCGGGUAGGGUCGCAGGAUGUGUCCUUGGAGUCCUCUCAGGCAGGCGGGAAAAUGCAGAGCACCCAGACCACUAACAUAUCCAGCAGCACCAACAAAUCCCAGCAUGGAUCAGCAAGGCUCUUUCGUUCUUCCAGCAAAGGCUUCCAAGUCUUUUUUUUUUUUUUUUUUUUUUUUUCUUUCUUCCUAAUAGGAAAAAAAAACAGGCCACCCACGUCUGGUCCCAUUCCUGUUGCAGUGAAACCUCGAGUUCCACAGACGUUGCAUGCUGGCUCCUCUAACCCUGUGUGCUGCGUGUGCUUGUUUUUCUCAUCUCUUAUUCUUUUUUAAAUUCAUGCUUAACUACUGUGGGAGAGAAUAACUGUAAACAGCUUUAAUUAAAUCAUACUUAUAAAAAACUAUUUUCUUAUACUCCACUUUAUGCUUUUGGUAUUGUUGAUCUUUAAAAAUUAAAUGGUCUUUGAUAAUGGAUGUAUUUUGUAUUGCCUUAUUAAGACCAAAUACUUCUUGUCAUCCCAUUCUUUAUCCUCUCCUUUCAUGGAAUUGUUAUCUUUAAUUAAAACUUUUUUAAACAUUGGCUUGUUUCAAUCAUACUGUAAAUUUUGGUUGUGGUCAGUUUUGAGUGCAAAUGAGAUGUAUAAUUCUGUUAUUCAUCACAUGUUGAGUUUGAAACUCGGUUGGGAGUAUUUAAUAGAAUGUAAGUGAUUUCUGAAAAUGCUUUCUUUCAAGGUGAACACUGUUAUGUUUAGCAUCAGUAUGUCUGGCUCUGUUAAUUACAGCCAUUUCUGAGAUGAGAUUCUUUUAUAAAUAUAUACAUAUAAAGUACUAUUGGCUUUUAGGAAUUUCUUUUAUAUACGUUUAUGAAAUACUGAAGACCAAUCAGACCAUUAAUGGACACUUAGUGCAACUUUUUAUAAAGAAAAUAAUGCUAAAAUAAGACCAAAACUGAUGUCAUCACUGAAAUUAACAGUUUUCAAUAAGUUCGUAUUUUAAUUCACAACAAAAAAAUGUGUUCCAAAACUGGAAGUUCAUAAUACUUGUGUAAACUGUGGAAGAUUUUAAAUGUGAUGUUAUUUUGACAAUGUUUUAAAUUUUAGAGUCACAUUUUAUUCUGAUCAGAAUUUUUAUCAAGAUGUUGAGCUUCUGUUUUUUGAAACUAGUUUGUCAUAACAUAUUGUGCAUAAUCACAGUAUUUAUUUUCUAGGACUAUUGUGAAUGUGUAGACUUACGUUUACUGCUAAGGGAACAAUUAUUUAUAAAAUAAUAUUAAAUCCAGUAUUAGCUGCCUAUUUCAGACACUUAAUACUUGCAGAGAUCCAUGUUACAUUUACCACACUGAAGUUUUUUUUUAAAGAAUCACCCUCAUUGUUGAAAGUAAAUGUACUCUUAGGGUGCAGAUAUUAGUGUUUCAAUAAGCAUGUGAUUAUAUUAAGGUGGUGGUAGCGGGAAGAUAAUCUUGAUUCCAUUGGGAAUCUUAGGUUUUCGUAAAUUUAUUGGGAAAAUAGUUUUUCCUGUACUGCUGACGUUUCUUUUUGGUAAACAGUAUCUUUCUAAAAGAAAAGCAUGAAGGAGAAAUUGAGGUGUGUACAUUUCCUCAAAUGACCAGCAAUGUAUUCGUGAAUACUGUGUAUCUUGCAAUGAACGGUGUGGAAGCUGUUCAUUUUUCAACCUGAAGUAAAAUACUUUCAAGAACUUUUAGUUUGCCUGCUCAUUUGUUUUGUACAUUUCAUCUCUGUAUUUGACUCCUGUCUUUUUUUCUUUUCUGAGUUUAAAUACUUUCUAUAAAGAUUUUGUGAAUAUGUCAGAAACGUGCCAUUUAAAUAUU